GGUCUUUUAAAAUCCAAUUGCCACGGGUCAAACGGCGCCCCCGUUUUGUUUUGUUACUGUUUUUCUUUUCGCGAUUGGUGCGUUGACAUUUCACCCCGUCCCGUCCGGAACAGAAAAGUCAACGCCCAAGCAGCAGUCUUUUAGUUUUUUUUCUCGCGCCUGUUGGGCAUCUCAACAUUAAUACAGCCGGAAAGAAGGACAAAGAAGCCCGCUAUGGAGUUGACACGAAAUUGCCAAUGGCUGACUUUGGUAGCCCCGAGCGGCCUAUGGUUGGGCUCGCGCGUAGGUCACGCACGGAUGAUGGAUCAUUGCUAGCUCCUGAUGUAAUCGCUCGUAAGUUGCCUCGAGAUCUUUAUUUGUCCUCGCCCUCUCCUCUCGCCGCUAGCGCUUUCAAAGCACAGCAUGGAGAGUCUCGCCAAGCUCUAUUAUGGCGGCCUCGUCUUCUUCCUCCACCUCCAUUCCUCCGCCGCGCAGAGCGUCGGCUCGGUCCCCAGAGGAUUUCGCUUCAGCCCACCAGCAGGCGCUGGAGAUUUCUCGGCCUUCCUCGUCAGCUCCAACAGGGACUUCGCCGCUGGCUUCUCGCGAGAUCCAGCAGCAGGAUACUUCGCGCUCGCCGUCGCUGGGAUGAAUGCCAAUUCGCAGCCGCUCGACACCAUCUGGAUGGCCAACAGAGACGAUCCCUUCCGUGCUACCCCGGAGCUCCUCUUCUCCGGCUCCCUCCUUGUCACCAUCCACCAAAACGUCCAGUGGAAUUCCUCGUCAUCCACCACUAGUCCGUCCUCCUCCUCGAGCGGAGACUUUCUCGAGCUCUUGGAUUCCGGGAACUUGAGAGUCGUUUCUCGAUCGUCGUCGUCUAGUCCUCCAAGCGAUGAUCAAGCUGGCGUGGUGUGGCAGAGCUUCGAUCACCCAACAGACACGCUGCUCCAGGGCCAGAACUUCACCCAGGCCAUGCGGCUCGUCUCCUCCAUCUCCAACCAAGAUCCACGCUCUGGAUCCUACUCGCUCCAGCUCCAGGGAGAUCGGAUACUCCUCCUGGCAGGCUCCGAGCCAUACUGGACCGAGGCCGCGCUCAAAGAGCACGAGAAUGGUUCCGGAUCCACCAUCUACAUGCGAAUCCAGCCCGACGGCUACAUCGGCCUCUACCAGAGCGAGCAAACUCGCGUCCACUUCGUGCCAUUCUCGAGCUUGAACAGGGCGUCCACGAAUUUCACCCGGCGAGCUCGCCUGGGUCCCGAUGGAAACCUCCGCGUUUACUACUGGCAGGGCGGCCGGAUGGUGGAAGACUAUGCUGCUCUCCGAGAUCCCUGUGAGUUCCCGGAUUCUUGCGGAAGCUAUGGCAUCUGUUCUUCCGAGCUCCAAAACAAGAGCUGCAAAUGCCCGGUCGGGGUAACUGCAGAUGGAAACUCCACCAUCGCCUUCCUGCCUGUGGAUUCGCGAGACGCCGCAAAAGGAUGCCGGAGUGAUGCCGCGGAUGCCAAUUCUUGCAUGGAGACUCCGUCCAAGAACUCGUCAGAGGAUGAUUUCCUGAUGAUCCAGGGCGUGGACUACUUCGCGAUCCGAUUUGUCGUCGCGGCAUUUGGUGUAUCCACAGUGACCCUGGAGGAAUGCCGCGCCUUGUGCCUCGGGAAUUGCUCGUGCAAGGCCUUCUUCUUCCGGAACGAUUCCAGCGUCUGCUUCCACACGGAUUCCAUCCGAAGCAUGCUGCCCAGCUCCAACCCGCACAACCUGGGAUUCAUCCGGAUCGCCAAGAGAGGCCGAUCGCACCAUACCUCGAGAGCCCUGCAAAUCUCCAUCCUCGUGCUGGCUGUGCUCUUGGCCAUCGCCGCUUUGAUCUUCGCCUGCUAUUACCGCCGAUCCAGACGAAGGGACGAGAACAAGGAAGAGGUGAAUCACCACUCGGACGAAGAGGCCUUCUUGGAGACGAUCUCAGGUCUUCCCAAGCGCUUCCCCUUCUCCGAGAUCGAAUCCGCCAAGAACACCCGGAGAAUAUCGGUCGUCCAGCUCCAGGGAUGCUCGCCGCGGGAAUUCCAGGCCGAGCUGGCCGCCAUCGCUGGCCUGGGAAGCCACUCCAACCUGGUGGCGCUGCUCGGCUACUGCAUCCACGGCAAGAAGCGCUACAUCAUCUACGACGGCAGCACCAGCGGCAGCCGAUCGCUCGACGAAAUCCUCAAGAACCCUGGAUUGGAGCGCGCGGCCCUGGAAUGGAGCGCCAAGAAGGAGAUCCUGCUGGGAAUCGCGAGAGGCCUCGCCUUCCUCCACGCCAAUGGAGGCGUCCACGGCGAUCUCGUCCCCGGCAAUGUCCUCCUGGACCUGGAGCACGGCGGGAGCUCGAGCCCUAGGCUGGCGCGCUAUGGCCUGGCCUCCCUCAUGCGUCGGCCGCCCCCAAACCCCAGCGAUGACGUGCGCGCGUUUGGCGCCAUUGUCGCGGCGCUGCUCGACGGCGGCGAUGGCGCGCCCGCGGAAGAUCAACGGCUGCGCGAGAUCUGGAAGUGUUGCGCCCAGCAAGAGGCCGUGCUGAGGCCGUCCAUGGCCAUGGUGGCCGAGACGCUCUCCUCUAUUUUGCCGCCAAAGGCAUCGUUUGGAAUCCAAAGUUUAAAUUAGAGUGGGUUGUGUUAAA